UCCCGUGUUUCCAUUCCCCCCAUCUGCCUGCAGUGGAACGGCCCGAGCGGAACCAACGGGGAGGGGCGCUGAGCGCGCCGUGUUUUACCCCCCGUCUGCCUGGAGUAGAACGGCCCGGGAGGAACCAACGGGCAGCCGCGGGGGCGUUGUGGGCCGCGGCGCGAUUCCCCGCUGCCCGGCUCCGGGACACUGAGGAGCGGUGCCCGCGGGGCAGCCAGGAGCCCGAUGCCGGGUUCUGCGCGUCAUUUUCGGCCCCGCGGGCGCCCCGUGAAGCCCACCCGGGUCCGCCAGCCCUGUGACACUCCCCAUAGCCGAGCUCCGAGCUCCCUCCGCGGCCUCGCAUCCGGCCCCUCCGGCGCGCGCCUCUCAGGCCCCGCCCGCCGGCGUCCUUUUGUUGUGAAGGCGCCGGGGCCUAGCGCUAUGCCUGCGGCGGAGACUGCAUCAGGCUGUUGUCCUCGGGCUCCACCCGGGGACUUGCGCCCAGACAGCGGAAGGGAAGGAUGUCACUUCUGAGAUGAGGUUCAGAAAGGCCAGGGCUCCUGUCCUGGCUGCUCUCUCCCCCUCCCUGACGAGCUUACUGGACGAAAGCUCCUGUCAGGCUGUGGGGUGUCCUGUGGAGAAACUGGCCAGAAACUGGUCUGGGACCUUUCCACCUAUAGCCAGCAAGGAACUGAACCCAGCCAGCAUCCACGUCAGUGAGCUCAGAGGUGGACCCCAGCCCCAGCUGAGCCUUCGGAUGAGGCCACAGCCCUGGUUGAUUGCAGUUUCAGGAGGGGCCUUAAGCUAGAGGCACCUGGCUAAGCUUCCCACAGACUCCUGCACCGCAGGAGCCGACAUCAAAAGCAUUUGUUGUUUUGAGCUGUGUCUGCUUCUGCGCUUUGCCUGGGAGAGGCCCUGGUGGCCUCAUUCCUGGCGCCCGGAGUCCCUGCUGCGGCCCCACCCCCAGGCGGUCCCGGUGGCCCAUGCUGCCCAGCCUGGAGGUAAAAUCGCUCCUGGCGGUGGCUUCAGCAUGUCGUCCUCGGUAAAAACCCCGGUGCUGGAAGAGCUCGUUCCUGGCUCUGAGGAGAAGCCUAAAGGCAAGUCUCCUCUCAGCUGGGGCUCUCUAUUUGGUCACCGAAGCGAGAAGAUUGUUUUUGCCAAGAGCGACAGCGGCGUGGAUGAGAGCGUACUGACUGUCACCAUCACGGAGACCACGGUCAUCGAGUCAGACUUGGGUGUGUGGAGCUCACGGGCACUGCUCUACCUCACGCUGUGGUUCUUCUUCAGCUUCUGCACACUCUUCCUCAACAAGUACAUCCUGUCCCUGCUGGGAGGCGAGCCCAGCAUGCUAGGCGCGGUGCAGAUGCUGUCCACCACGGUUAUCGGGUGUGUGAAAACCCUCGUUCCUUGCUGUUUAUAUCAGCACAAGGCCCGGCUUUCCUACCCACCCAACUUCCUUAUGACGAUGCUGUUUGUGGGUCUGAUGAGGUUUGCAACUGUGGUUUUGGGUUUGGUCAGCCUGAAAAAUGUGGCGGUUUCGUUUGCUGAGACGGUGAAGAGCUCCGCCCCCAUCUUCACAGUGAUCAUGUCUCGGAUGAUUCUAGGGGAGUACACAGGGCUGCUGGUCAACCUCUCCCUCAUCCCAGUCAUGGGUGGGCUGGCGCUGUGCACAGCCACUGAGAUCAGCUUCAACGUCCUGGGGUUCUCGGCCGCACUGUCCACCAACAUCAUGGACUGUUUGCAAAAUGUUUUUUCGAAAAAGCUUCUCAGCGGGGACAAAUACAGGUUCUCGGCCCCGGAGCUGCAGUUCUACACCAGUGCCGCCGCGGUGGCCAUGCUCGUCCCGGCCCGGGUCUUCUUCACGGACGUCCCAGUGAUCGGGAGGAGCGGGAAGAGCUUCAGCUACAACCAGGACGUGGUGUUGCUGCUUCUGACAGAUGGAGUCCUGUUCCACCUUCAGAGCGUCACGGCCUACGCCCUCAUGGGGAAGAUCUCCCCUGUGACAUUCAGUGUCGCCAGCACCGUGAAGCAUGCCUUGUCCAUCUGGCUCAGCGUAAUCGUUUUUGGCAACAAGAUCACCAGCUUGUCGGCAGUCGGCACAGCCCUAGUGACAGUUGGGGUCCUGCUCUACAACAAGGCCAGGCAGCACCAGCAGGAGGCGCUGCAGAGCCUGGCUGUAGCCACCGGCCGGGCCCCAGAGGACACGGUGGAGCCGCUGCUUCCACAGGACCCCAGGCAGCAUCCCUGAGAGCAGGAAGCUGCCAGCUGCUGAUGUUCUCGUGACACUGCAUCUCCUGGAAACGGACAGGGACGCCCUCCUCCAUGGCCCUGCUGGGGUGCAGGACACGGGGAGCUAAGGCGGCCAUUCCCUGAGGUUUUCUUGGUUUGCCGAUGAAGACCAGUGGAAACUCAAACUGAGGACUCCAGGUAUCAGCUUCCUAGAGUGGAGACCAGAGCCCCAUGUCAGCUGAGCCCAUCCCCGUGUAAUGUGAAAACAGCCUCUGCGGCUCCCAUGCUGGGGGUGCCCACUUCCUCUCUGGGCAGCACCCCAGGGUCCACGGGGAGCCAGAGCUGGGUCCAGUGCCAACGAGAGCUGCUCCCUGCUACAGCCAAGAGAGCACUCAGCUUCCCACACCAGCCAUCGAAGGCCCUGAGGCCCUGGACUGGCUGCAGAUUGGCCCUGGGCAUGAGGCCACAGAGCAGGGCCGACAGGCAGGGACAGAGGGCCCUGGAAGGAAGGGUCUCCUGCUGCCACAGUGGGCAAUCAGAACUUCUCCUCACCUGACCCACCAGGGCUGUGGGCAUCCUCAGAUUAUCCCAGAGUCAUCGCGAGCCUCAAGCUACAGCAUUGCAUGGAAAUUAAGGGCUAUGACCACGGAGGCCAUUCCGUCCCUUCUGUGAAGAGGAAGGCCCCCGUACCCCUUCCACAUCCUGGGCUGCAUGAGCCCCCCACUCCAGGGUGCCCUGUCCAUCACCUUCCACACCCUGGAAUGCGUGAGUGCCCGCUCUGGGGCGUCAUGCCUGUCACUUCCACACCCUGGGCUGCAUGAGCCCCCCCACCCCAGGGCACCCUGCCCUCCUACCUGUGGUGGUUUCUAGCCAUGAGGUUGAGGACAAAGCUCUUGUGUUUAACUUGGAAGGAGAUGUGUACAUUCCUUUUCUUUUUUGGACUCCGAGUAUCAGGCACGCUACUCUGAGGUCCCUGUGGGGUGACCCUAUCUGUUCUCCCUUGGAGCCCACUGUUCCUAAUCUCAUCAUCCAGCACCUGUCCGGAUUCCCCACCUGAGCCUUGAGCAGGACAUUGCAGUGUUGAUGGCGAUGGCUUGGGUUACAUGGUGUUUACUUGGGUGCCAUCCUUGCUGAAAAAGGAAGCACCCACACUGAAUGUUCUGAGGUGCGUGGUGUGUGUCAGGCGCCCACCCCGUCCCACUCUCCCUGAGGGACAGCCGUCGUGCACGGUGGGGCCAAGGGUCAGCUCAACUCAUCCUCCUCAGCAUCACGCAUCUCCGAAGGUACAGGAGGCCUGAGGAGUGGCUGCUGGAGCUGUGUGUUAGGUACAGGCUUCUGACCAUGCCUGAGCUCUUCACCCCCCAUCUCGCAGCCAGCGAAUUCCUGUGCCUGGUGCAGUCUGUUGCCGGCGAGCCUUUGAGACCCAGAGCUCCAGGGCUUGUCAGAGGCAGCAUGGGGCUCCAGUGGCCCCGAGUCUCAUGUCCCUGCCUGCUCCAUCCCGAGUCUCAUUUUCCCUGCAUGCUCUUUAGGCCAUUGGCGUCUCAGAUCACUUCACUGGUUUUCCAUUUGGCUUCUCACCUGGGAAAUACAAAAAAAGCCCCUCCUGAAGAUAAAAUCAUUCAGAAACAGCAAUAAUUAUGACUCAUUAGCUACUUACUCAAAAAAGUCUGCCUUGAUGGUGGACUGAAAUGAGGCUUUUUAACCCACAAGCAACCUUUUUAUUUUUUUUGAGACUGUCUUGCCCUGUCUGUCACCCAGGUUGGAGUACAGUGGCAUGAUCUUGGCUCACUGCAGCCUCGACUUCUUGGGCUCAAGUGAUCCUCCCAUCUCAGCCUCCUGUGUCAGUCUAACCACAGGUAUGUACCACCAUGCCUGGCUAUUUUUUUGUUGAGCUGGGCUCUCACUUUGUUGCCCAGGCUGGUCUUGAACUCCUCAGCUCAAGCAAUCCUUCCCACUCAGCCUCCCGUAGUUUUGGGAAUAACAGGCGUGCACCACUGCACCUGCUCCAGCCACUUGUAUAAAACCACUGACCUGUGUGUGGAGGACAGGCCAGGUGUGUGCUCACUGCACUGGGAAGAUAUGUCAUCAUGUGACUUUCCCAUUUUCCAUUUCUCUUUUUCUGCUUUUCUCAAAAACCAAUAGAAGACUGGGUGCGGUGGCUCACACCUGUAAUCCCAGCACUUUGGGAGGCUGCAGCUGGCGGAUCACAAGGUCAGGAGUUUGAGACCAGCCUGGCCAACAUGAUGAAACCCCGUCUCCACUAAAAAUACAAAAAUUAGCUGGGUGUGAUGGUGGGUGCCUGUAAUCCCAGCUACUCAAGAGACAGGCAGGAGAAUUGUUUGAACGCUGGAGGUUGAGGUUGCGGUGAGCCGAGAUCGUGCCAUUGCACUCCAGCGUGGGCAAUGGCAAGACUCUAUCUCAAAAACACUAUUAGAAAAUGCCCUGGAGGUGGCAGAGGGUUGUAGAUAUGUGAGGCCAACCCCCAGGGUGGCCCUGUCCACCUCUCCAUUGAGAAUGGCUGCCAGGCUUCCCACUAGCCUCUGAAGAUGACGGUCUGGUGUAAGGAGAAGUGCAGGUGCCUGGUUCUGAGCACCUUGGAAUUUCUGGCUGCACAUCCUUUGGUGCCCUCCCUUCCACCCGACAAGGAGCUUCCAGCCUGUUUUGAUUUCCUGUUUGUGGACCAGAAACACAUUUUUCCAAAUGAUGAGCAAAUAGAGUGAUGUCCUUUGUAAUGCUGCCCUGGGGCCUCUUCCUCAUCCUGGCAGAAGCAGCCUGGAUACCAUGCGGCGGCCGACACUGUGCCCUUGCUCAGGUGUGCCGUCCCUUCCUUCUCCCUCAGUCUCCUCUCCACGCCCAAGUCGGUUUCCAGCCGAUGGUCUUUACGGCAUUCCCAGUACAGCCAGGCACCAAGAGGCAAUACCCAACGCCUGGCUUGGCCAUGUUAACGAUUGUAUAGACAUAUAUUUUUAAAUAACUUUUAUGUAAUACUUUUCUAGAAUAGUAAGUUCUUGUUAACUGUCACAGAUGUGCUUCUAGAAACGUACCGGGUGUUGUUACUUCCAUUGAGUGUGUCCAUGGUCGUGGUCUGUGCCUUUGUAAACAGAACACUUGAACCACCUCCCGAAUUGGGUCAUCUGCUUCCUGAAAUUGACACUUAAGAGAUGUGCAUCUCUAACUUUCAAGGAAACUUCCCCACUAAAUGGCAUGAAAAGGUUUAAAUAAAAUCCAAGAGUCCCAAUUCCUUCUGUAACAGUGUUAAAAUAAUCUGUCUGCGUGGAAAGAUGA